AUGCUAAAAGUAUCAAUUGAGCCUACACAGGAAACGGAAAACUCCCCAACAAAUGGGCAUAAGUUCCCUUCCAAUGCUUCAGUACUAGUUGUAGGGGCCGGCCCAGUAGGACUGGUCACUGCCUUCCAGCUUGCGAAGCGUGGUAUCCGGACAAUCCUUGUCGAGCGCAAUCUCGAGACAACAAAAUGGCCCAAAAUGGACAUCACCAAUGUUCGGUCUAUGGAAUUGCUAGAUAGGCUGGGGCUUGCUGAUGACCUUCGGAAACAAGGUAAUAGGAGCUGGCAAUUUAUGUCACAAAAGAACAAACCGUUGACCCAUCCUAUAGGCGUACCAGGAGACUAUUCGCUAGAUUGCCUUUUUAGCACCGGACUUUCGGAUGGAGGACAAUUGGUUGCUAAAUGGGACCUCGAAUCGCCCGACGAGUACAGAGAACGAAUCAAGAAGACGAAUGACGGGACUAUGCCUCGGCAGCCGUACCAGCGAUGCUCUCAAUCGAUCUUCGAAGCUUGGAUGAAGCCAAUAGUUGAGGCAGAGCCUCUUGUCGCCUGCUUCUUCGGCGUGAAAUUCGAAUUUCUCCGUGAACUAGACGACGCAGUCGAGUCUACGUUAUGCGACAGCGUAACGGACGAGCAGUAUGUGGUCAGUACGAAAUAUGUACUCGGCUGCGAUGGAGCUAGCAGUCGAGUAAGACGUAGCCUGGAGAUACCACUUACCGGAGGUCCAAUACCUAUGACAAACUUCCUAGUCCAUUUUAGGUCUCGAGAUCUCGAAAGGCUACAUAAGCAGGGCCAGUUUUGGCACAUCUUCUUCUGCAAUGGGGGUGUAAUUAUCAGCCAGAACGAGAAGGACAUCUGGACAGUGCACAUGCCAAUACCCCCUGACACCAACACUGAAUUGCUCGAUCCUUACGAAGUCGUGUUCAAGGUGCUUGGUGGGUCCAGCGGAAGAUAUAAAAUCGACAUCGAUGAGAUUCUCGUGACGAGCGCUUGGACAGGACAUAUAUGCGUUGCCGAGCACUAUAGAUCUAAUCGAGGACGGGUAUUCCUAGCUGGAGAUGCAGCCCACCAGAAUAUACCCCUCGGCGGAUACGGAAUGAACACCGGUCUAGGUGAUGCGUUCGAUAUUGGCUGGAAACUUGCUGCAGUUCUCAAUGGUCAUGGCGGAGAGGAGUUAUUAAACUCAUAUGAGAUUGAACGCCAUCCCGUAGCGGAUCGCAAUGUCCAUAUGUCAGGCGUUCAUGGAAUGGUUCAUAGAACGUAUGUUGAAUGGGUCCACGGUGAGGGCCAAGGUACUGUCAUAUCAACAGACGAGAAAGGGGAAAGUCUACGUGAUCGCAUCAGGUCUCAUGUGCUAACUAACGAUGGAGAAAAUAAAUACUUGGGAGUGGAAAUGGGAUAUCGAAACUUCCCCUCUCCUAUUGUACUUCAGGGUACAGAUGACCAGGAGACUCCUGAAUGGAAUGAAAGAAACUACAUUCCGUCCACAUCUCCCGGAGCUCGCGCACCACAUGUGUUCCUCCGCGAUGGCGAUACCAGUAUUCAUGACCUCUUGGGGUUUGACUAUAGUCUAGUUGAUUUUACUACGGGAGGAAAUUUUGCUUCGAGGUUCAAGGACGCUGCCUCUCAUCUGGGCAUCCCCAUUGCCACUGUUCAUCUACCAAAUGAGCAGCAUGCUCGGGAUCUUUGGGAACGUGAUGUUGUGCUCGUUCGCCCAGAUCUUCACGUUGCCUGGCGCUUGAACAAGGGUGUCACGUCACUUUCGGAUGAUGCUACCAAGGACAUUCUUCUCACAGCCGUGGGAAAAAAGUGA